AUGAGUGCGCUCAAUAUGAUACCAGAGAUAUGGUCUCUGGUUUUCCAAUUUUUAGCUACUAGGAAUGAUCUCAGAAAUGUGUGCAGUGUAUGCCGACUAUUUGAUGCAAUCGCAACCCCUUUCUUGUACCGGUCACUUAUUUUUCGCGAUGAACCUAUCAACGGACGUCACUGGUCCAAGUUUCCAGAUGAUGAAGAUGUGAAGACACAAGAUGAGGCCGAUGAUCUCUCCUUUGGCCUCUUGUGCAGACUUCUGGACGACCGCAAUGAUAUGCUACGGGUGUUUGUGCGUGAAAUUAUUUUUGAAGGAGAAUUGAACGAUACGAGAACAGUAGAUCGUGUUUGGUGCAAGCUGCAGCCGCCCAACGAUGUUCUCGCUACCUUGGUAAAUUGUCUACCAAAUUUAGAGGUCAUACACUUCGAGAGGAAGCUUCCAAUAACAGAUAGGUUUGUGAAUGCGCUUCUCAGCCAUAAGAAAUCUCCGAAGCUUCAUCUCCUGGGAGAAGAUGGCACAACUAGGGUCAACAUUAAGAUGCCCUUUGUACAGAAACUGCAUACUUCUGUGGACACCCAAGCUAGAGCUCCCAUAGACCAUCCGGAGACAGAUAGAUCCGGGUUUCACGCGUGGGAGCCGCAGAGGUUGGCUUUGCAUGAGCUUUUCAAUGCCUUUCCGAAUCUUGAAGAACUCUCAGUAUCUGUCAAUUGGCUGCGAGGAGGCUGUGCGAUGGGUGGCCGGCCCUCUCCUACGAGGAUACUAGGGCUUGAUCUAUCCGAAGAUGCAACAUUCCCUCCGCUUAAAAGCCUCUCACUGAGCGGUUAUCCUGUCCAAGAUGAUCCCGUGGAAGAUGAUGAAGUGGCUCUCUGGCGAGAUAGGUUCCCUUGGGACAGACUACACUCUCUCAGUCUUGGCGUCCAGCUACCAGAGUCUACCCCAGGGUUUUUGGAGCUAGCCACAGGAAAGGUGGCCAAUUUGAAAGAAUUUCAAAUUACUAGCUACGAUCCUUUAAGCUCGUCAGCCGAACUUGAUGCCUUUUUGUGCUCCUUUGAUACUCUGGAAAUUCUGACCGCCAAAGGAGCAGUCCCUUCAUUGACUUCGGUGAUUCAUCAAUCCAAUCUGAAGCAUAUUUGCUUACAUACGAUCGAAGACCCUGAUAGGGAAAGAGAGACUCUGGACGUUGAGCAGAUAAAAGACUUAAGUCAGCAUUGCCCCAAGCUUACAACCCUGGAAAUUGAUUUGGAUCCCAAUGGCACAUGGCCCGACGAUAUUGUCAGUGUUAUAGCAACCGGCUUCAAGAAUCUUUGCCGACUUUCCAUUCAUGUCGGACUAGGAAUUGCUCAUGUGAAAAAUGAUGAUUCAAUGGAGGAGAAGUUUGCGCGAGUUUUGACUGAGUCAAAAGCACAAGACUUUGCAAAGCGGUUCUUUGAACUCAGAGGACCGUCCGUUCUGGAGAUGAUUACGCUUAAAACGGGCGAAAAACUGCGUUGGUUUCCGCAAUGGCAUCCAAGGUAUGCCGACGCAGAAAAACACUGCGCCAAGAUAUUUGAAAUCUAUGCUCCUCUUGAAGAUAAUGACGAGCCGCGUCUCAACGAGUUGGAAAGCGACUAUGCCCGUUGGAUGAGAGGAUUAGAGGAGGGCUACAGCGGCUUUCGCUCUCUCAAUUCUAAGAAUCACUCCAACGCAGAUUCAAAGCCCCAACGGCUCAGCAGGUCUCCUCGUGUAUUUAAAGAUCCAGCUUUUCCACUUUCAACCUAG